AUGGCCGCGACCAAAGAAACGGCCGUCGCUACUGUUGACGCAGCAGACAUCGUCAAAGAUAGCAGCGCCACGCUAUCAUCCAAAUCAGAAGGCGACCCGGAUAGUACGGACGCGCCAGUUGUCGCCAUUGGCGAUGCGACGCCAUAUCUCACAGGCUUCAAGCUAUUUAUCCUCAUGUCAGGAUUGACAACUCUGAUGUUGCUCGUCAUGCUCGAUAUUGCUAUCCUCAGCACCGCAAUCCCCCAAAUCACCAGCGACUUCAAUCGUCUUCAGGAUGUUGGUUGGUAUGUGGGAGCGUACUCGCUUGCGAGCGCCACCGUUCAGCCUCUCACGGGAAAAUUCUACACAUAUUUCAGUACCAAGUGGACGCUUCUGACAUUCUUUUUCAUCUUCGAGGUUGGGUCCGCCGUCUGCGGUGCCGCCCAGUCCUCUGUAAUGCUCAUUAUUGGCCGAUGUAUUGCAGGCGUCGGGUGUGCUGGGCUUUCGAAUGGGACUUUGACAGUUAUAGUUGGCGCGGUAUCCAACGAUAAAAGGCCACUUUACACUGGUAUUGCUAUGGGCAUUGGCCAAAUUGGCAUCAUCAUCGGUCCCAUCAUCAGUGGUGCUUUCACAGAACAUGUAACUUGGCGCUGGUGCUUCUACAUCAACCUUCCUCUCGGGGCGCUUGUUGGCCUUUUUCUGAUAUCGAUUCACAUCCCCGACCAUAUUAUAAAGCGACCUUUGACUACCGAGGUACUGAAAGAAAUCUUUCACAACUUGGACCUCACCGGCUUUGCUCUCUUUGCACCUGCCUCCAUUAUGCUUCUGCUCGCCCUCCAGUUUGGAUCUGGAGACUAUGGAUGGAAGUCACCCGCCGUAAUCGGCUGUUUCUGCGGUGCUGGGGCUAUAGGUAUUUUGUUCCUUCUGUGGGAGAAGAGAAUGGGAAAGAAGGCCAUGAUCCCGCUUGAGCUGGUGAGGAGACAGGUUGUAUGGAGUAGUUCAAUCUACUAUGCCUGCUCAAUGAGUGUGACGAUUGGAGGGGGCAGUUUCAUGCCUAUUUACUUCCAGUCCGUCCGUGGACUCGCCCCUACAAUGAGUGCUGUCUAUAUUCUCCCUUCCAUUUUUGGGCAGAUUUUCUUCAUUCUUCUCUCUGGCGGCUUAAUGACCAGACUGGGAUACUAUAUCCCUUGGGCAGCUUUUGCAGCUGGGGUUUCCAGUAUCGGCAGCGGCAUCAUCGGGACUUGGAAACCAUACACUACCCUCGCUCAAAUCUUUGGCAUUCAGAUUCUUUACUCUGCUAGGGGCGCGGGUAUGCAGGCUGGAGCCGUCGCACUUCAGAACACACUACCAGCAGACGAGAUUGCCGUCGGCACCUCUUUUCUCAUCUUUUGCCAAAACAUUAUCAGCUCCAUCUUCGUCACCAUCGCCAACACUGUUUUCCAGGAGAGCCUCCGCUCCAGAAUUACGAACAAUGCCCCGGGCGUGUCCCCCGAGCAGGCAAUCCUCGCAGGUGGCAGCGCGGAUGCAGUGAGGAGGCUCGCACCGGCUGGGAGUGAGCUCCUUGAGAAAGUUCUAAUGGCGUACUCGGAAGGCUUCGGCGAUGUCUUUUACUUCUACACAGCAGUUGGUGUUGUGUCGUUCUUCGCAAGUUUCGGAAUGGGAUGGGUGGAUUUGAGGAAGAAUACUGUGAAGAAAGACGAGACAGAUGGAACCGAUGUUGAGAAGCAGAAAGUGUGA